AUGCCGUCCUGGCGAGUUGGACUUGUAGUGUGUGGGAAGGCGGUAGAGUUCCUGCUGGACACCGGUGCAGAGGUGACUCUACUAGAUAGCGGGGCCCACGAAAGGUUGCCUCAGGGGAAGCCUGGACUGACCCCCACGGUUGCAGAAGUGGUCGACGUUCAGCAACGGCCAUUACCGACGCUGGGCGAGUGUGAAGUGCAGCUUGGGUUUGGUGGCCAGCGCUAUUUGCACGAUGUGCUGGUAGUACAGAUGAGAGAAGUUAGUGGCAUGCUAGGCAUGGACUUCAUGUGCCAGCACAACUGUCAACUGGACACGGGUCGCGGCUACCUCACGAUCGACGGGGUUACUCAUGCCCUUUACGGCGGACGGCCUGUCGACGAUCAUCGUUUGUGUGCGCCCCGAACUGUGCAAAUUCCGGCGAGACACCGAGCCGUGGUGCAUGGCAGUGUGCGCCGGUCAGGUUGGGUGGUCGCCCAUCUGGCGAUCGUGGAGCCUACGCGUCGGUUUGCUGAAGGCAGGGCACGCCGGGGAGUUGUGAUGGCGCAUUGUUUGGUUGACACGGCGGGAAACCGGGUGCCUCUGGCAGUAGUCAACGUGGGGUCCGAGGAGGUCGUUAUCCAGCAGGGAGCAGAGUUGGCCCACUUAGAGGACAUUGCUCAAGUAGGGAGAGUGGGCGAUGGCGAGUGCAACUCGGCGGAGAAGGCAGUUCAGCAAGUGCCGUUACAUCUCCAAGGAUUGAUCAACGGGAUGGAUGCUAGUGUGACGACCGAGCAGCGUGGUGCGGUAAUAGAGACGGUUGACGCUUACCGCAAUCAGUUUGCAGCACUGGGUGGAGCAUUGGGCCAAACUUGUGUUGUCAAGCAUACCAUCGACACGGGUAACCAUUACCUGAUUAAGCAGGCUCCCCAACGUUGUCCGCUGGGAAAGCAGCAGGCCUUAGACGAGGAGCUCGAUCGGAUGUUGGAUGCUGGCAUCGUGCAGCCAAGCGAUAGUCCAUGGGCUUCACCAGUGGUUUUAGUCACCAAGAAGGACGGUGCAGUGAGGUUUUGCAUCGACUUCCGCAAAUUCAACGAUGUGACAAGGAAGGAUGCGUACCCCUUGCCCCGCAUUGACGAUACUUUGGAUUCCCUCGCCGGGGUCACAUGGUUUUCCACGCUUGAUCUGGCCAGUGGUUUCUGGCAGGUUGAAAUGGAUUACCGGGAUGCAGCCAAGACUGCGUUUGGGGAAAAGCGAGGCCUAUUGUAA